AUGUACUGGUUUCUUACCCUGACGGUGGCCACCCAAGGGGUGGGAGAGCUGGAGGUCGCCCCAUACCCCAGGCCUAGCUCCGACCUCAGCUUCAGCUCCAGCCCCAGCCCGGGUCCCGACCCCAGCUGCAGCCCCAGCCCCGGUCCCGACCCGGACUCAGGCCCCGACCCCAGCCCCAGCCAGGAUCCCGACCCGGGCUCCGGUCCCGAACUCAGCCAGGGUCCCGACCCGGACUCCGGUCCCGAACCCAGCCCCAACCCCAACUCCACCCCCAGCACCAGCCUGGGUCUGGACCCCGACUCCGAACCUGCUCUAGAGUCUCCUGCCGAGACUCCUUCGCCCACGCCGGGCCCAAAGCACUUCCCAUCCUUCAGCAGCCUCGCAGGGUCCGUCCGGGGACCCUUUCCCGCGCCCACUCCUUUGGCCUUUAACGUACAGAGAUCCACUGCGAAGGAAGACCUAGCAGCCACCCAGUCAACGGAUCCCCCCACUUCUGGACCCAUCCCGGGGACCAGCCGGCUGUCCAUCUCCAUUUCUACUAACGCAGUCGCCUCCACCAAUGAGAACUUCCAAAUGGAGAACAAGAUCUUGAUUCGAGUGACCUACUGUGGCCUCUGAAGCUAUAGCUUUCGGUAUAUACUACUGAAGAAGAGUCUGGAGCAGCAAUUUCCAAAUCUCCUGCACUUUGACGAGGAGGUAGCCCAGGCUACAGGGGAGUUUGAAGUGUUUGUGGAAGGGAAACUGGUCCAUUCCAAGAAGAAUGGUGAUGGCUUUGUGGAUGAUACCAGACUUCAGAAAAUUGUGAACGCUAUCGAUGAGAAGAUCAGGAAAAGGUAGCAGGCAAUGGUGGAGCUGGAGGAGCCUCAGCAGGAUGAUGAGAAGGGCUGAAAUGUUGUCAAGUCGGGUCCUGCUCUGAUGGUGGCUGGGG